AUUCUCAGAGCGAUCUACCUGGUGGGCUGAAGGCGGGAACGCAUUACAGUGACAACUAUCCCACUGAGACAGGGAGGAACGGAGAACCCCGACAGCUGAGCUCAAGUCUGAUCCUAUCCCGGCAACCGGUGAGAGCCAAAUCCUCCGCUCAUGUGGAGGAUGAGCACAAAAUGCUGUGUGAAAGCCUCAGCAGCUCAUCCAGUAACUCCCAGCACAGUCUAACCGGCCUGCCCGUCUAUGUCGUCCCCGCAUCUGCCCCCCGAGCCUGCCCCGUGGUCCCCCAACAGUCCAACUGGAGGGAAGAUGAACCUUUCCCCAGGCUUGUUCCUGUGAAUGGUGAAGAAUCUCUGAGGAAAUGCUUUACGUUUUUUGAGGAAAUAGACGUCAACUACCACAAGAGGUUCUUCCGUAACCUUGGCAUUAACGACAACGUGAUCAAGAGCAAAGAACUACUCCUUUAUGACGACAGGGUCCAUGAAUUGCUGAAUAUUUGGGUGGAGAAAGAGGGCAAAGGAGCCAGCUUAAAUGACCUGCUGAAAGUAUUACUUGAACUGAAUCAAAGGCGAACAGCAGAGAUUAUCAAGGAGAAUGCUAUUCACUAUGGUCAUUACCUCUGCGAGGAGUAAUGAGAGGUGAACUGUAUUCAGAACCCCCUCUGAAAACCUAUAGUUCCGACAAUACCACUUAAUGUGAGGUUCUUGAAAGCCUAUGCACAAUCCAAUACUGCUUGGGCUAGAAUGGCACAAGGCUACUGUCCAUAGUGGUCCUUUGCUAUAUAUGAUAAUGGAGAAAGCAUGAGUACUGCCAUUAGUCUCAUAAAUAUCACUUAUGGUGUCAGGUCCUUAAUGGAGUCAUCUUGUGCAUCAUCCAGUGGUGGUCGCAUUCGCAACUCAUAAGGCUACCAAUCUCAUAAAAGAGAAAGCAUGGGUGCUGUUUGAGGUCCUUGGUGCUUCUGCUUCGUCAAGACUAUUUGGAGUAGCAAUGCACAAGGCUACCACCCACAGGUGUCAGUGAUAAAAUGAAACCCCUCACUUGUACGUUUACAAAGUGCAUAUUUUACUGAAGCUGCUGCUCCCGCUUCAGUGAGAGCAUCUCACUGUACCGUACAGCUCUGAUGGGGAAAUGUAGGGUCGUGUGUCGUCAAACCUGGCUUAACUACAUGCCUGCUUGACCUUGCACAGACACAGACAGCUUCAAUUCACAUGUUUUUGUCUGUCUUAAAGUGAUUUAUUUUCCUUCAGCUCCUCAUGGAGUGUUGAUAGUGAAGUAUUUAAUUACAGAAAGUGUUUGCUGUCUUGUAUUCCGUAUGUACAAAGACUGAUUUUUACUUGAUAAGAAAAAUUAGCUUACAGGCUGAGACAGGUUGAUUGUUUCAGAUCGUGACUCUGAUGUUGUUCAAAACUUUCUGACAAUUGUGUUCUCUAACAUAUGUUUUUAUUUAUUCAGAAACUAAGUAUCCCCUGGGAAUUCCCCUGGAAAUGAAUGUCUUAAUGGCUGCACUGAUUGUCCAAGAAAAAUGCCUAUAGAUCAAUGCUUUACUAAGUAUUUAAGUUAAUAUGGUGGAGAACAGUCAUAUUUUAUUUAAAUAGUAUGUUCUCUACCUGACUGUAUUGUAUACUUUUUUACAGAGUUGACCAUGGUUCAGUUUGCCUGUUUACUUGAUGAAAUCACCUGAUAGAAAUGAAUGAAUGAAAUUCUAUUGUUACACCUCUGUCAAUCUGGGAGGUUUUAUAAAACAAAAUAAGGCUUUACUGGUGGCACCAAAGUGCCUUGUCUACCUUAAGGUUAAUGGCAAUGUUACAGAAUGGCUUCUUUUAUGUUGCAUUUACAUUUGUGUCUGUUGCUCUCUGUCUCACUCCUAGGUCCUGUUGUGUUUGUCAGCCUAUUGUUUCAUAAGGUUACUUUUUUCACAUUUAGUAACUGAUUUUUACAGACCUAGCCAAGGGUUUUUAACAGAGUAUUUACAACUUGAUAUGCUUUGAAAUAUGCAAAUCAGAAUUUGAGUUUCUGAGGAAAAACAGCUAAAAUACAAAAGGCCUCAGGAAAUAAGUGUGUCAACUUGAAUGUAUUUAAGAGAGAAAUAAACAGUUCACACUAA